GAGCAGUCCUAACUUAUCUGAGAGACCGAGAUUGCAAACUGUUCGAUGAAAUGUCGCACACUCUGAGAUUGCGGCCUUCUGUGGCUCACAAUUUCGCCGCCGUUUCUUCUCGUCACCUCAAACCCUCCUCGAAGGCUCUCAAGCUCAGCAUCCGAAGUUGCUCGGCGCCCCCUGAAAACGCUAGAAAACUUGUGGCAGAAGUCAAAACAAGGCUUGAAAAACAACAUAGCAAUCUGCCAGUGGGAAAAUACGGACGAGAUGAUGAAGAAAUGAUUCUUUGGUUCCUCAAAGAUCGAAAGUUUUCUGUUGAAGAGACCGUUUCCAAAUUGACUAAAGCCAUCAAUUGGCGCAAGGAUUUUCGUGUAUCAGAAUUGUUGGAAGAAUCAGUGAAACGUGUUGCGGAAAGUGGAAAAGCGCGUCUGCACGACUAUCUUGAUGUACACAACAGACCAGUGCUAAUAGUGGAAGCAUCCAAGCAUUUACCGGGGGAGUACGACUUUAAUGAAGACGAGAGUCUGUGUGUUUUCUUGAUUGAGAAGGCACUAAGCAAACUCCCCGAGGGGCAGCAGCAAGUGAUUAUUUUAAUUGAUCUCCGUGGGUUUCAGACGCAAAACGCUGAUCUUAAAUUCUUAACAUUUGUGUUUGACGCGUUCUACUGCUACUACCCGAGGCGAUUGGGUCAAGUCCUCUUUGUAGAUGCUCCUUUCAUAUUCAAGCCAUUUUGGCAGCUAGUUAAGCCGUUGCUCAAAUCAUAUGCCUCUCUUGUGAGAUUUUGCUCCGCGAAAGAGGUUAAAGAAGAGUACUUCACAGCAGACACUAUUCCUACUAGCUUCAGAUAGUGAAGAAGUGAAGCUUAUUAGAUUUCAUUGCUUACACAGAUGGUUUGAAAUCAAUCUCUCUUUUUUUGCACAAGCUGUUGAAAUUUUCCUCUGUUGUUCCUUGAUAUUUCCGAAUGUGAUUCAUAACGAAAUAUUCGGUAGACGGGAUUUCUUUCCGACUUAUAAAAUCGCGUGUUGAUUUCGUCUAGCUUGUAUAUAUAUCAGGGUAAACUCAUAAACAGAUGGUCUUUUAAUUGUGGAUUGUUGAAAUCAACUAUACCAUGUACUAUAUAGUUAUGCUAUUAAAGUUUCGAUUGUGAUA